AUGCAUCAUUCAUCACGCGGCCGUAUUCCCGUGGUUGUCAAUGCGCAACACAAGGUCCAACUGAACCGUAUCAGCCAUGUAUAUCUCUAUCAUCUCGACCUCGACAAGUUUGAUCAAUUUGCAAGAGACUUUGGCUUUACCGAAGUCGCCCGGGAGCAAGACACAAUCUACUAUAGUGGCUACGGCCGAGACAUGUGCAUUUACGUGGCAAGAAGAAGCAAAGGCACACAGGAAUCUUUUGGAGGAGCAGCCUUUGUGGCCCAAACAGAGGAGGAUUUCAUCAAAGCUUCCAAGUUGAAUGAGGCGUCACCAGUUUCUCCCAAUGAAGGGCCUGGUGGAGGUUCAAUCGUCACGAUCACAUCUCCUUCAGGCACCCAGAUUCAUGUCGUUUGGGGGCUGCAAGAAAAACCAGUGCCUUCGUCAGCCGUGUCAGAAACAGAGGUUCACAAAGGUGCCUAUAACACUGCCUUGACGAAGAACAGGAAAGGAGAGUGGCAGCGAUUCAAAAUCGGUCCCGCCAUGAUUCAUAAGCUGGGGCACUAUGGUUAUGUCACGGCCAUGUUUGAUGAGGACGUGGCGUUUUACACCGAGAAUUUCAACUUCGUGCCUUCAGACAUCCUAUGGGACGAAAUCAACGGUGAGGAGGUCGAUUCCCUUACCUUCAUGCAUUUAGACCAAGGCAUGGAAUACAGCGACCAUCACACUCUUUUCUUGUCUCGAGCACCCCCUAAUUUCGAGGGCAAGCACCAAAUGCAUCACUGUUCAUUUGAGGUGGAAGACUUCGACACGCAGCUCUUGGGGCACCAGUAUCUUUUGAGCAAAUCGUAUGUUCCGAUCUGGGGAGUAGGACGACAUAUUCUUGGCUCUCAGAUCUUUGACUAUUGGAGGGAUCCAAGUGGCUUUGCUAUCGAGCACUAUGCUGACGGCGAUCUUGUUAAUGUGGACAAUAAGACAUGCCGAUGGCAGAACGAAGGCGCAGCUUCAAUGUACAUCUGGGGACCGGUCAGACCGGAGGCCGGGACUUCACCCCAUGGGUGUCGACUGCGGCAGCGUUCACCUGAGCCUACCUUUUUGAUAAUUUGCAUUAGCUCGGCGCAAAUGGAGGAGACAACCGUCCUAAUUGUGGGAGCUGGCCCAAGCGGGCUGGCCCUCGCAGCCCUACUCGCGCGUAUGAAUGUCAAGGCAUGUGUUACAAUCUUCGAAAAAGACGUCGAAGUCUGUGAAGAUCCACGUGGAAUUGUGGUCAACGGCGACGCCGUGAGGAUCUCGUACCAGAUUGGUAUUGGUGAGGGCUUGACCAAAAGAAUUGGCAAAGAUAUUGGAGUCCUCAACUUUCAUCGCGGCAAUUUCAGAACGCGCCCGUUCAUGUCUUUCGACCUAAAGGUGGACUGGGCAGAACAGGCAGUUUCGAACAAUAUAACACAGUUCCAACCAAACUACGAGCGCGAGAUCCGAAAACAGCUUUCACAGAACCCCAAUUGCGACUUUCGUGGCGGAUGCGAAGUGAUAGGGAGGGAAGAGGGGCCACAUGAAACGGUGGUUGAGUACAAGACCGGAGAUGGUGCUCUACACCUCAUUCGUACAUCGUGGCUUGUCGGUGCUGAUGGGAAAAGAGGUGUGGUGAGGAAGGUGUUUUUGGAGUCCGAAGGGAUCAGGCAAGAAGAUGGCGAAUAUAGCUACAUGGGCACCUGGGUUGCGGCUAACCUCCACGUCACGACGCCGACGCCAGAAUCACACCCCGAUUUUCCGCUGUGGAGGCUAGGAUACAAGGCAGAACAGGUACAGAGCAUUUUUUGGCCAAGCGGGUUCCAUUUCUGCAACGACUCGAGACGGCCAGCCGUAAGUGGCAGGUUUGGGCCACACGAUUCCGGAUUCUGGAGACAUGAAUAUUCGGUGGAGCCCGAGGAUACCUUGGAAGACGUCGAGCAGGACUUUUGGGCGCAUUUCCGGCCCUGGUUGAGUAUACCAGGGUCCUUUUUCUCGGAGAAGCUCAAAGGAGCCACGAUUGAGUAUCCUCACGAUUGCGUCAGGUUGAUUCGCUGCAGACCUUUUACAUUUGCCGCUAAAAUAGUCAAUCGAUGGUACUGCCGCAAGACUAUGCUGAUUGGUGACGCAGCCCAUGUGUUUCCUCCUUUCGGAGGCCAGGGCAUAGCGACCGGAAUCCGGGACGCCCAAGGACUCGCAUGGCGAUUGUCGAUCAUGUCAAAGCUUGAUGUCGACCCAGAGAUUCAAGAAAGGAUAAUGGCAGGAUGGAGCCAGGAGCGCCGCCACGCCUGGAAUGCGGCAGCACAGGCGACCAAGCUGAAUGGGAGUAUCGUCAAUCAGAGAUCUUUCUUUGGUGGGCUGAUAUAUCGAGCCUGCAUGCGCGUCCUGUGGUGGUUCCCCAACAUUUCUCGAUUUCGGACUCAGCGAGCAUUCCGCGACAAACUGGUAUACAAUACCCAGACAUGUCCGGAGGGCUUCUUCCUCCAAGGAAUUGGAGUGGGUCGGAAGAUUGCUCAGAUCUGGGUUCAGAGACUUGGAGAGAAACCGAAGCUCUCUGACGAAGUGUUCAUACGCAAUAUUUCCCACCUUUCGCUACUGGUGUUCGUCAGAGGACAGGACGAUGGCAACAUACACGACCUUGAAACCGUGUUGCAGCGUGCCGCAGUCCCCAAGCAGGUCCUGACACUCGAGGACGUCACAUUCGUCCGCUUCGCGAAUUCGGAGAGAGAAUGCUCACCUGGGCUGCAGAUGCAGAAGGAUAACUGCUACUAUCCCUGCACGACCGAGCAUUUGUUGAAACAGAGGAUUCAUCCAAUCCAAGGAUAUCGUGAAACUGCGGUACAAGACCGUUUUUCCAAGUCUGCGAAAUAUGUUUUGAUACGUCCCGAUUUCUUCGUCCACUCGGUGGCAGCAGAUCUUCCACAGUUGUCGGCGAACCUUGAAAAGGUGACUGAGUAUUUUGUCGGUGCGAGGAGAUCACAGCAAAGACAACAGCAAAGGUGGAAUAUAACUUGA